GGCUGCGGCGUUUUACGCUUACAACAUGGCCGAUUUAAGGAAGCAUUUAACAGAAGAACAAUUGCAAGAAUACAAAGCAGCAUUUUCCAUGUUUGAUAAAGACGGCAAUGGAGCUAUUUCAAUCGAAGAAUUGGGAACUGUAAUGAGGAAUUUGGAUAUUUACCCUACGGAAGCAGAAUUGAAGGACAUCAUAAGAGAACACGAUAGAGAUGAAAGUGGACAAAUCGAAUUUGAUGAAUUUGUCUUUUUGAUGACUUCGUAUUGCGGAGAUGAUAAUAAGGAUGAACAAGAAGAACAGCUUAUGGCUGCUUUCAGAAUGUUCGAUAAGGAUAGAUCUGGCAAGAUAACAGCUGACGAACUGAAGAGUGUCAUGCAUAAAUUGGGAGAAAAUCUAACAGAUGAUCAAAUUGAUGACAUGAUCAAAGAGGCAGACACUGAUGGUGAUGGAGAAAUUAAUUACAAAGAAUUCGUAGAAAUGAUGUGCUCAAAGGAACCGAAAUAGAAAAAGAGAAGAUGAAAAUGACGAAGAAGAAGUAGAAAAUUCAGAAGAAGAAAAAGUCCUAUUUCAUCUACUAUUUUAUUCAGGACUGUUCCUUUCAAUUUUUAUUCUAACUUCACUUUCUUUCUAAAUCAAUGGAGCGCAUGCAAAAACAAAAAAAAUUUAUCCUCUUUUUUCAAAGUGUACUUAAAAACGUUUCUGUUUUCUUUUUUUUAAUUCUCUUUCGACUGCUGUUGAUCCAAACUUGAUAAAGUAGAUUCAAAGCGCUAAAUGAUGAUCAUUCUUCUUUUCAGAACUUUUUAGCAAAUCAAGUCAUGCGAACGUAUUGUAGAUUUCUUUCUUAAUGUAGAUGAGAGAUUUUUUAAUUGCCUCUAUGCAAAGCAAAAUAAUAUCGACUUGUAUAAACUAUUAAAAAUCAAAGGAUGAUAGAUAGACUUAUAAAUCAAACAUCUAGUAUACUAAACUUAAUUCAUUUACUAUAAUAACUAUUCACUUUGCAGUUGUUUGCCUAAAAGUAAUAGUUUUCUUGAUCAUUUAUCCCUUAAGUCUAUGAUGUACUUACAAUAUAUGCAUACAGUGUUUGCAAGUGUUUGUCUGUUGUCAUCCUUUGAAAUGAAUUGGAUAAUCAAGUAUUGACCUAUAAGUAAAGUCUUUUUCAAUUUUUUCUGUUAAAUAUAUACUUAUUAGUAAACCAAGUGCAUCAAGUUAACGAUGUUAUAAAGUACAUAUACAUAUAUAUAUAUAUAUAUAUAUACAUAAAACGUUUAUACUAAACGUUUCGUGUAUAUAUUUUACUACACAUUGUUUCUCUGUUUAUGGCUAUUUUAUGAUAAGUCGAUGUUUAUAAAUACAUAUAUGCAUGAUAGAGAAUGACAAUGGGAAAGAAAAAAGAAAUUGAUGGGAUACGAUGUGGGUUGGGAUUUCGGGUUAAGGAUCAUAGAAAAAAAGAGAGCUAGCUAGCCAGCUAGCGAGAGAGAAAGAGAAAGAGAGAGAAAGAGAGAAAGAGAGACAGAGUAGUAGUAGUAGUGGUAGUAAAAAAGAAAAAAGACUAUAGAUCAGUUGCUAAGGGAGGGUAAAGGAUGAACGAGAAAGAAUGGCACAUGUUUCUUUUUUUAUUUUUGUUUUUGCUACUAUUUUUUCUUCAAUAUACAACUUUGUUCAAUAUUUAAUACUUUUUAUCUAUUAUUCUGCUUUUGCCGAUAAAUGAUUUAGUUUUUAGGAAACUUCUAAUACUAGACUAGUUGUUUCUCUGAAAUUUACGAAUAAAAAUUACAUAGAUAAUAAAC